UUUAAAUUAUAUUGGUUCUGUUUAGUUCAGGGCAAAUUGCAUCAGUUUCUCACUGUCUGGAGCACUGAGCCAUUGAUGUAGAGCAUCAAACCUCCUUCACUCGUGAAGACUAUAAGGCAGCAAGGAGAGAUUUUCCCAGGAAAAUGCUUAAGUGAUAAUUGAGUAUCUUGUUAGCAGCACAGAAAUGAAUAAUUCAACGUACAUAAACUCUUCCACUGAAAAUGUGAUGGCUCUGGAGAGCCCCUAUAAAACUGUUGAGGUUGUCUUCAUUGUCCUGGUAGCAGGGUCUCUCAGUUUAGUCACCAUAAUUGGGAACAUCCUGGUCAUGGUGUCAAUCAAAGUCAACAGACACCUGCAGACUGUCAACAACUAUUUCCUGUUCAGCUUGGCCUGCGCAGACUUGAUCAUUGGCAUCUUUUCCAUGAACCUGUAUACACUCUACACUGUGAUAGGCUACUGGCCCUUAGGGCCUGUGGUGUGUGACCUCUGGCUGGCUCUUGACUAUGUGGUCAGCAAUGCCUCUGUAAUGAACCUCCUUAUUAUCAGUUUUGACAGAUACUUUUGUGUCACCAAGCCUCUGACAUAUCCUGUAAAGCGGACCACUAAGAUGGCAGGCAUGAUGAUUGCAGCUGCGUGGGUGCUGUCCUUUAUCCUGUGGGCUCCUGCAAUUCUCUUCUGGCAGUUCAUAGUAGGAGGAAGGACUGUCCCUGACAAGGAUUGCUACAUCCAGUUUUUUUCCAACCCUGCUGUCACUUUUGGCACUGCCAUUGCAGCUUUCUAUUUACCUGUUAUCAUCAUGACUGUUCUUUACUGGCAAAUCUCUCGAGCCAGCAAGAGUCGCAUAAAGAAAGGGAAAAAAGAAGCUGCCCAAAACCAGGAUCCAGUUUCCCCCAGCCUUGUUCAAGGUAAAAUAGUGAAACCAAACAAUAACAACAUCCCAACCAGUGGGGAUGGAUUGGAGCACAACAAAAUUCAGAAUGGAAAAACAACUGGAGAAACUGGGGUGGAGAACUGUGUUCAAGGGGAGGAGAAGGACAGCUCCAAUGACUCCACCUCAGUCAGUGUGGUUGCUUCCAACAUGAAAGAAGAUGAAUCUGCCAAAGAUGUCAGCCAGACUUCUGCCUCCCAAGACCAUCUCAAAGUGGAGAACUCCAAGCUGACAUGCAUCAGGAUAGUCACGACGUCUCAAAAAGGUGACAAUUGUGCUCCCACAAACACCACCGUGGAGAUAGUAGGCACCAACGGAGAGGAAAAACAGAAUAGUGUAGCACGGAAAAUUGUCAAGAUGACAAAGCAGCCUGCCAAAAAGAAACCACCUCCUUCUAGAGAGAAAAAAGUAACAAGGACCAUUCUGGCCAUCCUGCUGGCCUUCAUCAUCACCUGGACCCCAUACAACGUGAUGGUGCUCAUCAACAGUUUCUGCACAUCCUGUAUCCCUGGUACUGUAUGGACCAUAGGUUACUGGCUCUGUUAUAUCAACAGCACCAUCAACCCUGCUUGUUAUGCGCUCUGCAAUGCUACUUUCAAGAAGACGUUUAAGCACCUUCUUAUGUGUCAUUACAAGAAUAUAGGAGCUACAAGGUAAAAAAUAAUAAUAAAAAUAAUAAAAAUAAUAACAGAAAAGGUGAAGAAUUUCUAAAUUAAAUAAUAAAGCAAACAAAUAAACAACAAUGCCAUAGCACUUUACGCUCUACUAUGGAAUGUGCAAUCCAGGAUGUUAGUGGAAAUACUGAGAUGGGGCAUCUGCUCCACUCCUGAGAACUACACUUAAAAUUGUUUGUUUUUUUUCUUUUUUCUUUUUUUAAUUAUUGAUAAUAAAUCUUGAGGACAUGGGGAUGUUUUGAGGAGUUAUUCAAGUACAUGGUCUGAAGGCACAGUUACUUUCUGAGAGUAUUUUGCAGAAGGGCUUUAGAAUCUAUGUGUUUUUUUGUUUUGUUUUGUUUUUUUGUCGUGUGUAAAAUAUCUAUUUUAUUCUGUGUGUUUAAGAGGUCUUCAUACAGGGAAAAGAAAUGAGGUAACUUUUAAAAUAACUAUGUGAAAGAAGCAUAUAGGCUUGGAAGAACUUUACAUAAUCCAAAUCAUAACAAAAGGUUUCCAAAGCUCAAGGUUGUCUAAAGUUUUUGUCUAUGUUAUGUGAGAACCUUAAUGUUAUGUAAAUCAUGCUGAAAGAUAUUUUAUGUUGUUUAUGAUGCUCCCAUUUCCAAAACUGCAUCAUUUCUGAAAGCAUAAUUCUGCUCAACAUGUAACCAUUGCCUAAAAUCUGUAUCAAAGUCUGCUACUUGCCCCCUUCUAGGGGAUUUUGUCCCAUGAUCUCUUCACCAAAAAAAUAAAAGUUAAAAAAGACAUCCUUUCCAGAUUGCUAAAUCCCAGGAUUUUUUCAGCAUCCAUGUAAACCAAAGUUUCUGAGAUUAUUUUGUUCACUUUGUCAUAUGAAAUCUACCCAUGGAUUUGUCUUUCACCUCCAUCAACCUUCCCCUCCCUUUUGUACCUUCUUUAAGUUGCAAAGACUGAAUAUCAAAAGAAGUUGUAAAUUCAAAGGUCUUAUCAAGUCAGCCACGUGUGUGGCCAAAUGAAGGGCCUCAACUGAAGCAUAGAAACAAGCUUAUUACUAGGAAAACAGAGAUUACAUCCUUUAAAGUUGGAUGUAUGGAUGAAGAUGUAUAUUUAGGUGCUACAGAAUGAAUAGUCAAUAUUAGAAGACUAUGCUCUUGACCAGCCAAAAGGUGAUUCUCAUUCACAUACUGCUGAA